AUGACCGCCGACAUCAAGGUCGCCAUCGACCGCGGCGGCACAUUUUGCGAUGUCAUAGCAGACAUCGACGGCCGAGAACCCCUCAUCUUCAAACUCCUCUCCGAAGACCCCGCAAACUACCCAGACGCACCAACAGAAGCGAUCCGUCGCGUCCUCGAGGCCGUCGAGGGGAAACCGAUCCCAGUCGGCGAGAAGCUCGAUGGUUCCCGCAUCGCGUCCUGUCGCAUCGGCACAACAGUCGCCACGAACGCGCUCCUCGAACACAAGGGCGAGCGCUUCGCCUUCCUCACCACAAAAGGCUUCAAAGACGUCUGCGUCAUCGGCGACCAGUCCCGCCCCAAGCUCUUCGACCUGAGCAUCCGCAAGGCCGACGCCCUGCACUCCGCCGUCGUCGAGAUCGACGAGCGCAUCGUCCCCGCCGACUACGACCUCAACCCGGAACCCCUCGACAGGUCGACCCUCCGACCCGGCGAGGAUGGCCUCGUUCGCACCGCCAGCGGCGAGUUCGUCCGCGUCUUGCGACGCCCAGACCCGGACGCCGUCCGCGCCCAGCUCCGCGAACUCAAAGAUCAGGGCUACACAUCCCUCGCUAUCUGCUUCAUGCACGCCUACCUCCACCCGGCCCACGAGGACCUCGUCGCCUCCAUCGCCCGCGAACCCGAGUUGGGCUUCCACUUCGUCACGACCUCCGCCUCUACCUCGCCCACCAUCAAGUUCCUCAACCGCAGCACCUCCACCUGCUCCGAGGCCUACCUCUACCCCGUCAUCCAGAGAUAUGUCCAGUCCUUCACCUCGGGCUUCCGCCUGCCGCCGCAGCGGGUCGACUUCAUGUGCUCCGACGGCGGCCUCAAGGCAGCCACAAAGUUCCGCGGCAACGAGGCACUCCUGAGCGGUCCCGCGGGCGGCGUCGUCGGCAUCGCCCGCUCCUGCUAUGACCCGGACGACGGCACCCCAGUCAUCGGCUUCGACAUGGGCGGCACCAGCACUGACGUCUCCCGCUACGACGGCAAGUACGACUACCUCACCGAGACCUCCAUCGCUGGCCGCACAAUCACCGUCCCGAUGCUCAACAUCGCCACCGUCGCGGCCGGAGGCGGUUCUAUCCUCUUCGCCCGCAACGGCCUCCUCGCCGUCGGCCCGGAGAGCGCCGGUGCCCACCCGGGACCCGCGUGCUACCGCAAAGGCGGGCCCCUGACCGUCACCGACGCGAACCUGUUCCUCGGCCGACUGGUACUCUCCUCCUUCCCCUCCAUCUUCGGCGAGAACGCCGACGCGCCCCUCGAUACCGCCGUCGUGGAGGCCAAGUUCAAGGAUAUUACGGCCGAGUUCAACGCCCAGACGAACCAGUCCCUGACACCGCAGGAGGUGGCCCUGGGAUUCCUCGACGUCGCGAACGAGACCAUGUCGCGGCCGAUCCGCAACGCGACCGAGGCCCGCGGCUUCGCGCCCGAGAACCAUCACCUUGUCAGCUUCGGCGGCGCCGGUGGGCAGCACGCCUGCGACAUCGCCGACCGCCUCGGUAUCCGCCGCAUCCUCAUCCACAAGUACUCUUCGCUCCUCUCGGCGUACGGCAUCGCCCAGGCGGAGCUCCAGCACGAGGCCCUCGAGCCGUACGGGAGCAAACUCGACGCCGGCGCGGGGGUCCACGUCCAAGAGCGUCUCGCCGCCCUCAAGGCUAACGUAUCGGCUGAACUCCUCUCCCAGGGUGCCGACGGCGACUCCCUCGUCUUCGACGAGAGUCUUGUGCUGCGGUACUUCGGCACCGACACUAACCUUACAAUCUCCAAGCCCGAGGACGGGGACUACGCAGCGAAGUUCGAAGCAACGCACCUCCGCGAGUUUGCCUUCUCGAUGAAACGCGACAUCGUGAUCGAGUCGAUCAAGGUCCGCGGCACGGGCAGCGCGGGCGCCAGGGAACAAGAAGCUUCCGCCCUCAAAGAGCUCUCCUCCAACAACCCUCUCCCGGCCUCCGAGCCGCGGGAGACGCAACAAGUCUACAUCGACGGCGCGUGGCACGCAACAGCAGUCCACCACCUCGCUUCCGUGCCCAAGUCAACAAUCAUCCCCGGACCGGCCCUGCUCAUCGACCAAACGCAAACGAUCUUCGUCUCGCCCACCUUCAAAGCACACAUCCUGACCUCCCACGUCCUUCUCGAGAAGGUCUCGGCCUCGCCAGCCACGCAAUCCACACUCGACGCGACAUCUUCCUCGCCAGUCGACCCGAUCCAGCUCUCCGUCUUCGCCCACCGCUUCAUGGCCAUCGCCGAACAAAUGGGCACAACCCUCCAACGCACCUCAAUCUCCACCUCCAUCAAAGAACGCCUCGACUUCUCCUGCGCAAUCUUCUCCCCGCAGGGCAAACUCGUCGCCAACGCCCCUCACAUCCCCAUCCACCUCGGCUCCAUGCAGUUCGCGAUCCAGGCCCAGCACCGCCUGUGGGAGGGCAAACUCCGCCCCGGCGACGUCCUCCUCACGAACCACCCGCAAUGGGGCGGCACCCACCUGCCCGAUCUGACCGUCGUCACGCCCGUCUUCGUCCCCUCCUCCUCGUCUGACGAAAAGGAGCAAAUCGCCUUCUACGUCGCCUCCAGGGGUCACCACACCGACAUCGGCGGCAAGGGCAUCACCAGCAUGAUGCCCGAGUCGCGCGAGCUCUGGGAGGAGGGGCUCAACGUGCCGUCCAUGAAGAUCGUCUCGGCCGGCGAGUUCCUCGAGUCCGAAGUCCUCGCCGCCUUCGAGAAGGCGGGCAGCUUCCCCGGCUGCAGCACGUCCCGCCGCCUCGCCGACAACAUCUCGGACCUCAAGGCCCAGACCUCGGCCAACCAGCGCGGCAUCACCCUCCUCCGCAAGCUCUGCGCCGAGGCCGGGCUGCCCGUCGUGCACAAGUACAUGAACGCGAUCCAGUCCAACGCCGAGUCCGCCGUGCGCUCCUUCUUCCGGGACAUCGCCCGCCAAACGGGGAACACCCCCCUCGAGGCCACGGACUACCUCGACGACGGCACCCCCAUGCGCGUCCGCAUCUCCAUCGACCCGCACACCGGCUCCGCCGUCUACGACUUCUCCGGCAGCGGGCCCCAGACCUGGGGCAACUACAACUGCCCCAUCAGCAUCUGCCACUCCGCCAUCAUCUACACCAUCCGCUGCCUCGUCGACAUGGACAUACCCCUCAACGAGGGCUGCCUGUCGCCCGUGGCGAUCGUGGCCCCUCCGGGCUCCGUGCUGAACCCGGGCCCGCGCGCCGCCAUCUGCGGGAGCACGCUGGCCUCGCAGCGCGUCAUCGACGUGAUCCUCCGCGCGUUCGGGCGGUACGCCGCGAGCCAGGGGUGCGCGAACAGUUUCGGCUGGGGCAUGGGCGGGCGGGACGCCGUCACGGGGGAGGUGAGGAAGGGGUGGAAUUACGGGGAGAGCAUCGGCGGCGGGGUGGGCGCGGGGGAGGGGUACGAGGGGGCGCACUCGACGCAUGUGCACUCUACGAACACGCGGCAGACGGACGCCGAGGUGAUUGAGAAGCGGACGGCGGUGCUGGUGAGAAGGUAUGAGGUGCGGAGGGGCAGCGGCGGCGGCGGGAGGUGGAGGGGCGGCGACGGGAUCACGAGGGAGGUGGAGGCGAGGAUCCCGUUGAAGUUUAGUAUCUUGAGCGAUCGGAGGGUGUAUCGGCCGUGGGGGAUGGCGGGCGGGGAGCCGGGGUCGAAGGGGGAGAAUUUCGCGUUUUUGAAGAAUGAGGAGGGGGGCAUGGAGAGGAUUAAUCUCGGCGGCAAGGCGAUUAUCAAUCUUGGUGUUGGGGAGUAUGUGCAGGUCAAUACGCCCGGCGGUGGUGGAUUUGGAGGGGAGGAGGUGGAGGAUAGACAUCGUGGAUAUGUCUGA